GCCCCGCGGUAGCCGCCAGCGCCGCACGGCCCGGCACGCGCACAGCGCGACUCCGCGGCCACCUCGCGGCCUCCGGGGCGCCGCGGGCGGCUCUGCGUUCCUCGGUACUGCUCUUGGACACCGGGCCAGCCGGUCUGCGGCCACGCACAAAGGACCACGGACACCGGGCGUCCGGGAACUGCGCCCUGGGACCUGCCAGGGAAAGCGGCGGCUCCGCGUCUCCACGCCUUCCCUCCUUGGGCGGCCGGAGCCCUCGCCGGAGCGGGCCCGUCAUAUGACAGCGGAGACACAGCGGCCAGCGAGCGCCGGUGUUACCAGCUCCGCUGCGCCACGGCCGACCGCUCCUGGGGUGGCCCUCGCCGCGCCCCGCUGAGCGGUCUCCUGCCGCCGCCCCAAACCCCGCACGACCCACCUAUCCAGCUCCGGUGUCAGGAGACCCGGGGAGCCCCCCGCCAGAACCGAGCCUAAGAUGGCCACGCUGCUCCGUAAAAUCGGGCUUAUUCGCCUGCACAACCGGGACACGGAGGACCCCAAGCACCACCAUAACCACCGCGGCGGAGGCGGCGGCCAGCAGAGCGCUUCGCUGCGCGGCAAAGGCGGCGGCAAGAGCGGCGGCCACAAGCAGCAACAGCAGCAGCAGCAGCAACACCCCGGGGGCGCGGGCGACGCCAGCCCCGGGCCGGGCAAGGGCAAGAGCAAGCGCGCGGCGGAGCUGGACAUCGCGCGCCUCAGCGACCGCUUCAUCUCGGUGGAGCUGGUGAACGAGAGCCUCUUCGACUGGAACGUGAAGCUGCACCAGGUGGACAAGGACUCGGUGCUGUGGCAGGACAUGAAGGAGACCAACACCGAGUUCAUCCUGCUGAACCUCACCUUCCCGGAUAACUUCCCCUUCUCGCCGCCCUUCAUGCGGGUGCUUAGCCCGCGACUGGAGAAUGGCUACGUGCUGGACGGCGGCGCCAUCUGCAUGGAGCUGCUCACGCCUCGCGGCUGGUCCAGCGCCUACACCGUGGAGGCCGUCAUGCGCCAAUUCGCUGCCAGCCUGGUCAAGGGCCAGGGACGGAUCUGCAGGAAAGCUGGCAAGUCAAAAAAGUCCUUCAGCCGCAAGGAAGCCGAAGCAACCUUCAAGAGUUUGGUGAAGACUCAUGAGAAAUACGGCUGGGUCACCCCUCCCGUGUCUGAUGGCUGAUGCCUGCACGCACCCUAGACGCUUGAGCCGCCCGUCCACACUCCAUCCUGCCAUCUUCUCCCACCGCUGCGCGUCUUGUACCCUUUUCUACUCCAGCCAGAACUGUGUCCUGAAUGCAGAGGACACGCUUAAGUUAUUUAUGAACUGAUGUGUUUACGGAGAGAAAGAGCAAACUGUUCGGGAUUGUGUUUCCAUAAUAAAUGACCGUCUCUAAGUCACUUUGGAACAAAGGUCGAGAUGGUGAUGUUUCCCAGCCCCACCCCCCACCCCCCUACCCACCUGUCGCAUUGCCCUUAGCUUCUUUCCGCGACAGCAGCUCUGAGCAGCCGGCGGGAAUCUCAAAGCCCCGCCCACUUCAUUUCCAUGUACAAGGCUCUGUUCCCAAGUCAGCAGCACCACACACCACCACCGGGCCCCCACUGGCCCCUGUUCGCUGUAUUCUGUAUCUGUUUCUCUUCCUGGCAGGUCGACAUAACUUGAAGACAUAUCUUUCUUUCUGUGGCCUGUGGUCUGCUGUGAUGAUAUUUAGACCUCAUUCAUGCUAUGACCUUUGGCUCAUGAAAACACAAAUCUAACAUUGCCAGGCUCUAGCGCUGACUUAAAACUACAACUGCCCUCUCGAUUAAAAUGUGCUCCCAUGCUUAUCUUGUGCUGUGCUGCUGUUCACAGAUAAACCAGUGCCAUUUGAUGAGAGGCAGGGGAAGCUGCGGCCACCAGGGAGGUUCAGGACAUAAGGUGCACGCACCCCCCUGGGGCUCAGCGCAGCAGACGGGCCAGAGGGAACAUUCUCUUCAGACGUUAGGGAAUGCUUGACGACAGGGGGUCUGCGUCCAUCUCCUCUCAGCCACCACAAGACAAUUGCCCAUUUGCUGAGGUCAUCGGACUCAUUUUGUCUUCCGUGCUAGUGACAGGAGACACCAGAACUGCCAAAGGACACCAAGUGACUCGAGGAGGACUUGCAUGACCCGGUCUGUUACUUCACCCGCUCGCUCGUCACUUGUGCGUCCCCGAGGUUGAGGCAGGAGCACCCUCACCGCGGUGUGAACCUCCUGUGAUUUAAUCUCCCCACACUUUCAUUUUGCUCUUCUGUUAAAUUACCUAGAAAUUCCUAAGAAACUCCAUGAAAUGAGGAGAUGAUGUUUAUGAGAACAUGCAGAAAGAGGUAAAAUGUUCAUUCCAAGUGGAAAAUCCUAUUGGACACAUUUUAAAUAAAACCAUGCAUACCUGAUA